AUGGCCAAUUAUUGGAGCACAGAACCAGCUGCAUCAUGGGCACCUUGUGACUUGGAGGUGGCUGAUUGGACCGUGAGAGGAGAACCAGUUGCUGGAGUUUGGGCUCCUCCUGGCCUCCCUGUGGAGUAUGUCUCCACCCACAUGUUUGGUACCGGCCUCCAAGCAUACGUGCCUGAAUCUGGGGGAGGGCAGCAGCAGCUGGUUGAGCACUAUGCAGCAGCCACACAGCAUGAUCCAAUUGAAAAGGAAGCACGAGAAUCGUUUGAGGUUGUUUUGCACAGUAUGGAAAUGGAGAUCAACAACAAUCCUAUUCAUGUGUUCGAGGACGUAGCAAGCGAGUUUGAGGCUGACAUCGACAUGAUGAAAGUGAAGAUUCAUAGGUACCCUCCAAGCAUCCGAGAUCUCGGAGACUCGUAUACCAUGCCGAGGAUUGUGGCCAUCGGCCCUUACCACCAUGGCCAAGAGCAGCUCAAGAAAGCGGAGCAGGCUAAGCAUGUGGCUGCGUACCACUGUAUCAGAGAAUCCGGCUGCUCAGUGCGGGAAAUGUAUGAUGCGGUCGUCACCGUCGCGGAUGAUGCCCGCCGCCUCUACGACAAGGAUGUGAUGGCCGGUAUUGGCUAUGACGACUUCCGACACAUGAUGUUCUUUGAUGCUUGCUUCUUGGUGCAGUACAUGGUCUGGUAUGCGGAUGACUCCGGGGAGAUGGUAGAUCCGUCAUUGAACAGUUUCUUUUACUCUAACAGCAAAGGCAUCAGUCACGACGUCUUGCUGCUUCAGAACCAGCUCCCAUGGCGGGUAGUAGAAACCAUCAUGAAGUUCAAGCCGCUGGACUUAAAGGAGUUUGUUGCUCCUUGGAGAGACAUUCUGCAAGACCGUGUUGCUGUCCAAGAAAAGUCUUUCGACUUGGAUGAUAGUUACGAACCACCACAUCUCCUUGGCCUCCUCCGUCGCUACAUUGUAGGAAGUACAGACAUCACUGAUCUGCCCACUGUAGGUAAGAUCGAGUCGGUAUCAUAUUCUGUUAGUGCCAUCAAGCUUGCCGAAAUCGGCAUAACGCUCACUGCCAACAAAGCAACAGAGCUCAUUAACAUGGGCCUACACAAGAAAGGGAUCUUCUUCGCCGAGCUCUCACUAGUGCCGCUGUCUCUGGACAGUGCGCGUGCAAACUGGCUCGUCAACAUGGCCGCCCUAGAGCUAUGCAUGACCCCAAGUUUUCUAGAUGCCAAAGAUGAAGACUCCGUUGUCUGCUCAUACCUCCUUCUGCUCUCCAUGUUGGUGCAUAGGGUGGAGGACGUGCACGAGCUGCGAACAAAGGGUAUCCUGCAAGGAGGAACAGGGCUGACCGACAAGGAGGCACUCGAGUUCUUCAAGAGCCUUCAUGGCCUGCCCCUUGGAUCCUACUAUGCGUUCAUCAUGGUAGAGAUUGAGAGUUACAGGGUUAGCAGGCGGAUCCGGACUAAGGUGCAUUCAUUUAUUCACAAGAAGAAGAAUACCAUCUUUAGGAUCUUAUCCAUCAUUGUUGCAAUUGUCGGUAUCUUUGGUACACUUGUUGGUAUCUUAGUAAAACUCAAGUCUCUUAAGGCCAGCCGUUGA